AUGGCAGACGAUCAACCCAAGUUUCGAGUGCUUAUAGCUGGAGCUGGCAUUGCAGGACUAGCAACGGCAAUAGCACUCAAUCGCAUUUCGGCUAUCCCAAAUCUCGACAUCCAGCUGUUCGAGCAAGCUCCGGAAUUGACCGAAAUAGGAGCGAGUAUUGCACUUAGUCCUAAUGGCAUGCGAACAUUGGAAAAGCUUGGCGUGCACAAUGCACUCACAGAUGAGAAUGGCUAUAGAGGCCCAAGUGGGAUACCACAAAUAGUUCGCCACUGGAAAACGAAUCAGGUUGUAACGGUGGACACGCACGUAAACGUGCCUGAUCCUCGUCACCACACGACUCGUUUUCAUAGAGGACAUUUGCACAGUGCUCUAUUGGAGCAUGUCCCGAGAGAGUCAAUUCAUCUUAACAAGAAGGUCACUGGUGCAGUUGCCACCGACGAUGGAGUGACCCUUCAUUUCGAAGAUGGAACUGAAGUCCAUGGUGAUCUUUUAAUUGGUGCUGAUGGUAUCAAAUCAAGGACCAGGCAGUCUUUUAUCCUAGAUUAUAAGCUCAAGUUCAGUGGCAAGGUGUUUGCCAGGUCGACUUUCGAUGCCUCUAUAGUCGAAGGCAAAAUUCCGGAUUUGCCCGUUGACCCCGUUCACUGGUGGGGACCGGAAGACAAUUUCUUUGCGUCAAGAUUAGGCAAAGGACAGUACACCACUGUCGGCGCAUACGACGACGGACGUAGCGCCGAAGAGCUCGAAAAAGAAGUAUCUUGGGACCAAGCAGGCAACGUGGAGGGUAUACGAGAAAAAUACAAGAACUGGAACCCUAUUGUCAAAGCCUUGACUGAGUUGACUCCCUAUACACGACUCUAUCCCAAUUACGCAGGCGAGGCUCUUCCAACCUGGGUUCUCGCGGCUCGUGUCACUCUAGUCGGGGAUGCUGCUCAUACCCAUGGUGGCGCCUUUGCAGCUGGUGGUUCUUUAGCACUCGACGAUUCGUUUGCGUUAGCACUGGCGUUAAGACAUGCUUUCUCAUUACCGAAACCGGUUGAUUCGAUCAUCGGGCCAUCAUCCAUUAGAAAGGGACUGGAGUUAUACGACCAGACUCGCCGUCCACACACGGAGAAGCUGCUGGAGAUUAUCCAUAGCCAGAUCAAUAGGAAGCCAGAAGUCCACCAGUCUAUUGAAGAAGAAGAUUCGGCGCUUAUUGCGAAAAUGAGGAAUAGGCCUGAUACAACGUGGUUGUCAGAGCAUAACGUGGUGGAAGCGUUUCAGCAGGUGCUUGAAAAGCAAAUACUACUCGACAGUACUGAAGCAGCUGAACCUCCCGCCUCUCAAGCAAAUGAGGGAACCGGUUUACAGCAAAGCAAACCAUAA